CCGCGGGCCGCGGGGUGCAGGAGCUCCCUCCACACCCCGGGCCGCCCCAAGCCCCGAGCCUUCCUGACUCCGCAGGGGGCUCACCUGCGGGGCGCCCGAUGAGCGCUCCGGGCUGACGGACCGGGGCGCGGCGGCCGCGGUGGAGCCCGGGCGCGGCGGCGGCGGGGGCGGGGGCGGCGGCGGCGGGGCCAUGGCCUCGCUGGACCUGCCUUACCGCUGCCCGCGCUGCGGGGAGCACAAGCGCUUCCGGAGCCUGUCGUCGCUGCGCGCCCACCUGGAGUACAGCCACACGUACGAGACGCUCUACAUCCUGUCCAAGACCAACAGCAUCUGCGACGGCGCGGCGGCCGCCGCCUCGGGCUUCCAGCUGGCGCCCGAGCCCGCUGCCCUGCUGGCCGUGCCCGGCGCGCGGCGCGAGGUCUUCGAGAGCACGUCGUUCCAGGGCAAGGAGCAGGCGGUGGGCGCGGCGCCCGCGGCGCCCCACCUGCUGCACCACCACCACCACCACGCGCCCCUCGCCCACUUCCCCAGCGACCUGGUGCCCGCCAGCCUGCCCUGCGAGGAGCUGGCCGAGCCGGGCCUCGUGCCCGCCGCCGCGCGCUACGCGCUGCGCGAGAUCGAGAUCCCGCUCGGGGAGCUGUUCGCCCGCAAGUCCGUGGCCUCGUCGGCGUGUUCCACGCCGCCCCCGGGCUCGGGCCCGGGGCCCUGCUCCGGGCCCGCGUCCGCCUCCCCCGCGUCCCCCUCGCCGGCCGACGUGGCUUACGAGGAGGGCCUGGCGCGGCUCAAGAUCCGCGCGCUGGAGAAGCUGGAGGUGGACCGGCGGCUGGAGCGGCUGAGCGAGGAGGUGGAGCAGAAGAUCGCGGGCCAGGUGGGCCGGCUGCAGGCCGAGCUGGAGCGCAAGGCGGCCGAGCUGGAGACGGCGCGGCAGGAGAGCGCGCGGCUGGGGCGCGAGAAGGAGGAGCUGGAGGAGCGCGCCUCGGAGCUGUCCCGCCAGGUGGACGUGAGUGUGGAGCUCCUGGCCUCGCUCAAGCAGGACCUGGUGCACAAGGAGCAGGAGCUGAGCCGCAAGCAGCAGGAGGUGGUGCAGAUCGACCAGUUCCUGAAGGAGACGGCGGCUCGGGAGGCCAGCGCCAAGCUGCGGCUCCAGCAGUUCAUCGAGGAGCUCCUAGAACGGGCGGACCGGGCUGAGCGGCAGCUACAGGUCAUUAGCAGCAGCUGUGGCAGCACGCCCAGUGCCAGCCUGGGCCGUGGAGGUGGGGGCAGUGGCGCUGGGCCUGGUGCCCGGGGCCCGGGCAGAAUGCGAGAGCACCAUGCGGGCGCCGCUGUGCCGUACGCGCUGGCCCGGCACGGCUCCUCUCCUGGCACAGGGGCCUCCAGCCGCAUCCCAGCUGCCUCCCAGAGCUCUGGCUGCUACGACAGCGACAGCCUGGAGCUGCCCCGGCAGGAAGAAGCGGCUCCUGAAGACGGCGGCCCCGGGGGAUUGGGCACCCGGGCACAGGCUGCGAACGGCAGCUCUGAGCGGGCACAGCCCCCGCGAAGCUCCGGCCUGCGGCGCCAGGCCAUUCAGAACUGGCAGCGCAGACCCCGCCGGCACAGCACAGAAGGCGAGGAGGGGGAUGUCUCGGACGUGGGUUCCCGAACCACUGAGUCAGAGGCCGAGGGCCCCUCCGAGAUCCCCCGCCCGGGGCCUGCUGUGUCGGGGCCGUUGAGCAGCUGCCGCCUGUCAGCACGGCCGGAGGGCGGCAGUGGUCGGGGUGCGCGUGCCGAGAGGGGCAGCCCCUCCCGCUCCAACGAGGUCAUCAGCCCGGAGAUCCUCAAGAUGCGCGCCGCGCUCUUCUGCAUCUUCACCUACCUGGACACCCGCACCCUGCUGCACGCUGCCGAGGUUUGCCGCGACUGGCGUUUCGUGGCCCGACACCCUGCCGUCUGGACCCGCGUGCUGCUCGAGAAUGCGCGUGUCUGCUCCAAGUUCCUAGCCAUGCUGUCUCAAUGGUGCACCCAGGCGCACUCUCUGACUCUGCAGAACCUGAAGCCCCGGCAGCGGGGCAAGAAGGAGAGCAAGGAGGAGUAUGCCCGGAGCACCCGGGGCUGCCUGGAAGCAGGGCUGGAGUCCCUGCUGAAGGCGGCAGGGGGGAACCUGCUGAUCCUGCGCAUCUCCCAUUGCCCCAACAUCCUCACUGACCGAUCGCUCUGGCUGGCCAGUUGCUACUGCCGCGCCCUGCAGGCCGUCACCUACAGGAGUGCCACGGACCCUGUAGGCCACGAGGUCAUCUGGGCUCUUGGCGCAGGCUGCAGAGAGAUUGUCUCCCUUCAGGUGGCGCCACUUCACCCCUGCCAGCAGCCCACGCGCUUCAGUAACCGUUGUCUGCAGAUGAUUGGUCGCUGUUGGCCUCACCUCCGGGCCCUGGGGGUUGGGGGUGCUGGCUGCGGGGUGCAAGGCCUGGCAUCGCUUGCGAGAAACUGCAUGCGGCUGCAGGUCCUGGAGCUGGACCACGUGUCGGAGAUCACCCAGGAGGUGGCAGCUGAGGUCUGCCGCGAAGGCCUGAAGGGGCUGGAGAUGCUCGUGCUCACAGCCACCCCCGUCACCCCCAAGGCCCUGCUGCAUUUCAACAGCAUUUGCCGGAACCUCAAGUCCAUUGUGGUCCAGAUUGGGAUCGCCGAUUAUUUUAAAGAGCCCAGCAGCCCUGAGGCUCAGAAGCUGUUUGAGGACAUGGUGACAAAACUCCAGGCCCUGCGACGGAGGCCCGGCUUCUCGAAGAUCCUGCACGUCAAGGUGGAAGGUGGCUGCUAACCCGGGGCAGGGGCGGCAGGACCCCUGCCAGCCCCAGACCCCGCCUUCUCUUUGGACCUUCAGAGGGACCCUGAUUUGAACUAGAGUCAUCCCUGGCUGCCAGCAAAGGGCGGACAGUCCCUGGCUAGCUCCUGCAAUGUGGAGCAUGGACCUCCCGUGGGCACUGCUGCUCCAGGCCAGGGACCCUUCUGAUCCUGCCCCCGUGGGACAG